GUCAUAAUUAUCUAUAACCGGGGAUUAAGGGUAUGCGAAUCGCAUCGAUACAUUACGCAUACGCCAUUACGAAUACAAAGAAAGACACGGACCUCUCUAUACCUACCUGGCAUAUAUCGACGGAGAGAGGUCAAGAGCUAUAAGCUAUGACGACAAGAUCGCAAGGAAAUAGGUGGUAAAAGUCAAGCUACUCACAUUGGCGCAUACUAAACUACCUACUAAAUUGCAACGCGACACAUUGGUCUCAUCGCCACGGCCUUUGUCUGCUUACUUAGUACCUAGUUAUCGACAUUGUCAACAUAUGCGCUUGCUAAUGCAGACGUUGUUGGUGUUAUGAUAACGAUUAGAUUGAUCUGAGAGUCGACAUUGGAAGACGGGAAUAGCUUUCACUUUCAGCUGACACCUCUAAGGAUUCGGAUGCGUGCUGUUGUGUUACCAUUCGUCACAAUCGGCCAUUAACUUACUUAUCUUUCUCUGGGGAAUCAUCGUCAUCACCGUCAUCAUUAUGGAUGUCGCAAACUCAAAUAGCUCAAAUAAUCCAAGUAAGGUUGGAAAGUUCAAGUUCGCUGCAAAACGAUGGAAGAAACAACCUUCGAGGGAAAGUUUUGGAUCUGCUGCUAGUAGCGAAGACAUGCCUCGUGGUAGAAGUCCAGAUAGUCGUGGCCGAGACCAUGAUCGUGUACACGGCGGGUCAUUUUCUACCACGCAAUCCAACGAGAUGGCCGCAGAAGACCACGAUGGAAAGGGGGGACCUGACCCUGAGGAGAGUCCUGAAGUCUAUUAUUCGGAAAAAGAAUUGUCCUCCGUUCGACCCACCGUACCCUCAACUCAUCCUUCUCAGAUUGGCCAGUUGACGACGUCGUCGCCAAUAAUCCAAGCAGACCACCUACCAGAGACCCAGGCCCAGACUCUGGACAAUUUAGAUCCAAACGGUCGAAACGGUCUAUCACGAUCAGCGACCCACGCCCCUUUUAGUGUCCCCUCUAACGAGCCGGCUCGUCAAUCAUCACCUACGAAGAUCGGUUUACAUCCACCUCAAAACUCCUCUUCGAAUCGGUCGAAAUCGCCUUCUAGUAGGAUUAGGGACGCUUUCAGAAGCAAGAGGAGCGCAAGUAACCUUCAGGGUUUGAGUAAUAACGGUAGCCAGACCGAUAUUGUCAUUUCCGAACCUGAAUUGGUGAACGCGUCAUCCCAAAGGUCGACCGCCGCCGGUACGGCUUCUCGUCCGAGCACAGCUUCCCAACCUGAUACAAAUGCUAUUAAAAUAACAUCUUCCGAACGCCCGCGUCGUCAUAAGAGCCCGGCGCCUAUCGACACCUCCGCUCGUCCUCGUACGCCGCCACCGUCCGAACCCGCCGCCCCCGUCAUCGUUAAUACCCCGCCGACACCAACCGAGUCUCAUUAUUCGCACCGUUCCCGGGGAAGCUCGUCAGCAAGCACGGGCCCUAACCCAAAUGUGGUUGUGUCGCCUUCGGGUAAUAUGAUAUCACACCGACGAGCUAGAUCAGGAUCUGGAACGAGUAUUGGCCCAAGCAAGUUAUCCAAUAUAACCUUGGCUCCGCUCACACCAACCCCCGAGGACGCUGUCCCACAAACCCCCGGAGGCAGCUUUUUCUCUUCUAUGCUCUCUGCUGCACAAACCGCCGCCACCAGUCUCAGUACCGCCGUCACCAACACUAAUAUCCCAGGUGGAAACAAACCUAAACCGAACAUUCCUAGAGAGACGCAACCGGGCGACGACGACGAUAAGGUAGAGGUCGAACCGUCUGUCGAGCAGUCGGAGGAUACUAUGGGGGACAAGGAACCGGCCGUCAAAACCCUUGGUAAGGGUGAUCUCAGCUUAAGCCAGUUGGGCAUAUCCGAUCCUGGAAGUACUGCACCUACGCCGACCGCUUCGAAGUUCUCCGAUUCCACGGCCGACCACCGAGCACGUUCUGAAUCGGCGCCCGUGGAUAGCACAAAUGCAUCCGCCGACGAUGGCCGUUUUGAUGACCUAGCAGUCAGGCCGCCACAGUCCAAUUGGGAGACAGGUACGACACCACCUACUAGUUUAUACGAAGGAAAGACAGGGGGAUUGCAGCGUACCGGGAGCAUUAGGAGUGCUCUCGGUAAGAGGCGGAAACGCGGUAGUACCGGCGGUACUGCUGGUACUGGCACUACGAUCGGUGCGGCUAUUGCGGCAGCUAAUGCCUCUGUAGCUCACCCUUCUGCCACCGGCAGCGUUCCGAAACUUACCGGGUUUGCCGUAGCGAGUAAGAAACGCAAUCGAGAUUUCCAUGCCUUGUUCAAGAGUGUCCCCGACGACGACUACCUCAUCGAAGACUAUAGUUGCGCGUUGCAACGCGAGAUCCUCGCCCACGGCCGACUCUACGUUUCCGAAGGUCAUUUAUGUUUCAGCAGCAACAUUUUCGGAUGGGUGACGACCCUGGUUAUGAGCUUUGACGAGAUAGUGUCUGUUGAAAAGAGAAGCACGGCUCUAGUCUUCAAGAACGGUCUUAUGAUCACGACACUCCACGCGAAGCACGUGUUCGCUAGCUUUGCUAGUCGAGACUCGACUUACGACUUAAUCGUUAAUAUAUGGAAAUUAGGACAUCCUUCCCUGCAAAGUUCGCUGAAUGGCGUUUCGUUGGAGGGUACAGGCGGCGACAAAACCGAGAAGCUCGAGGAUGCCGAUGCCGUGACAGGAAGUCGGAGUGCCACAGCAUCCGAAGACGAGGAAAGCGAAGACGGAGACGACGUCUAUGACGAGGACCAGGAAGACGACGAUGCACCCGAAGUAGCACAGCCGACCGAAUCAAGCCCGGCCGAUACGGAUGGCGAGAAGACUGGUACGAGGAAGGUAUCUGGUGCGCUCGCUACGAACGGCGCCGUCGAGAAGACCGACUUCGCUCCCGCACCCGCCGGCGCAGCUGACUUCCCUGGACCUGCUACUCACGCGCCAACGGACUGUGGCGAUGCGGAGACUCAUUAUGAUAUCGUAGUUGGCGACGAUGUUAUCGCCGCUCCGCUUGGAAAGGUAUACAAUCUCCUGUUUGGGCCGGCAUCCGCCGCGUGGAUGGGGAAGUGGUUAACCAACGAACAAAAAUGCACCGAUCUACAAAUGGAAGACAAGAAGGGUUUGACCCAAGAUAACAAGAGCCGAAACUAUACCUAUAUCAAGCCCCUUUACGCUUCAAUAGGACCUAGACAGACAAAAUGUGUAGUGACCGAGACACUAGAGAACCUAGAUCUAGAGAAGAGCGUCAACGUGGUAGUUGUUACGCAGAAUCCGGACGUACCUAGUGGUAACGUAUUCUGCGUUAAGACCAAGUACUGUUUGUCCUGGACCGAAAAUAACGGGACUCACGUUCAUAUCAACGCUACAAUAGAAUGGUCUGGCAAGAGUUGGCUAAAAGGACCUAUCGAGAAGGGCGCCAGGGAAGGCCAGACACAAUACUGCAAAGAUGUCUUCGCUAGCUUAAAAGCAGCAGUUUCUUCUGGACCCCGAUCUGCCGGACUUAAUGGGGGACCGGCAAAGGGGAAGAAGAAGCGAAUCAAGGGCAAGCUACACCAAGCUUCUAAGGAAAGCUUGGGCGGCCCCUCUGAUUCGGUGACAUCGAAAUCGGAAGACUGGGGUCUGCUUGAACCACUUCACGGUAUCCUGGGUCCGGUAGUGGAUAUUAUCAAACCUGUCCUCACCGGCAAUGUGGUGUACGGACUCCUCGUCGGCCUAUUAGUAGCGACAUGGUUUGGUUUCGGGUUUAAUGGUCAACCGAGAGUCACACCGUACGGACGUGAGCUAGGCUUCAUAGGAUAUCCAGAACGGGCUGUCGCCUACGAAGAAAUAUGGAGACGCGAAGAAAGCGAUCUUUGGGACUGGCUAGAAGAGAGGGUCGGCCUACAUCGCAUGAACGAAGGAGCGAUACCAAUACGUAAAAGGGUAAUGGAGCCAAGAUCGGUCGAAGAAAAGUUGCGCGAGGAGCGGAUGAAUGAUCGAGAAGUCGAAGAGGCUAUAAGGGUAACAGAAGAGAAGUUGCAAGUUUUAAAAUCCGUUAUGGACCGGAAGAAGGCACCUUUAAAAUCUAGCGGGCAAGGUAGACCGACCUCUAAAGUACCAGCGACGGAGAGGUAACGAUGAAGGGAAUUAAAGGGAAAGAAGGAAUGGAACGGAAUUGAAAGAGAAUAGGGAGAAGAGUUUACAUCACACCACACAUCACAACGCACGACGCACAACACACAUACAUACACAACAUGCCAAAGCUGCGGCAGCUUAUCCUAUAUCCCAUUUGUCAGCAACCUUGGAAUCGACGACGCCACGACAGAGAACACUGGAGGUCUGUUUUUUUAUCGUUGUAAAACUUAUAGCCUGUACUGCAUAUCGAAAAGUAUGUUCUAUAUAUAUCUUUUCUUUCGGUUUCGUCUCAGUGCCCCCGGGGAUACCGGGACUUGGCCGAGUUAGUUACUAGGUAGCUACCUUUCUAGAAUCUAGGUAUCUUGUAAUAUAGGGACAGAACAGAAUUGCAAC